CCAUCUGACUGUAUCGGGAAUCCACGCUGCGUCGCUCUGACAAUGUCAGAAAAAAAAUUACUAACCGAAUUCCUUCUUCUUUACAAAGAAUUUCCCUGUCUGUGGGACAACAGACAAGUUUUAUAUACUAACAAGGAAGCCAGAGACCAAGCAUACGAGGUUUUGUUGGAGAAGUACAAACAAAUCCAAGAGGAUGCCAACAUUAUGGAUGUCAAAAAGAAAAUUGAACACAUGCGAUGUUGCUACAGGAGGGAACACAAAAAAGUUUUGUUAUCAAGAGCAAAUGGGGAAGACGAACAUGUACCUUCACUUUGGUACUAUGAUUUGCUGCAGUUCCUGAAUGAUGUCUGUAAUUUCACACACCUAGAACCGAUUUCCAGAGUUAGAAGCUCGGCAGAUAUCAAUGACUUGAAAGUUGAAUACGAAGAAUCGGAUGCUCCAAGAAUAAAGCGGGGUAAAAAGAGAAAAACAAAUGUAUCUGCAAUUUAUUUGCCAGAACAACAUGAUAGCGACGAAGAUGACGAUCACGAUGACAACGACAACAUGUUGGACCACGACGAUGCGACAACCAAUCAAGACGACUUCAAUUCGACACACACUACGCUAAGAUCUAAACCAAGAGCGGAAUCAGAAGCUUUCGGAGCAGCCAUUGGAUUGCAAUUGAAAGACUUAGAUCCCAUGCAAAAAACAAUAGCCGAGAAAUUGAUUUCGGACGUCAUAUUUCACGCAAGAUUGAACAGAUUAACGGUCAAUUCCAGCAUAAUAAGCCCUAUGUAAAUUUUAAUUUCGUGUGUUUUUGUGGGUACAUUACAGCUGUAUCUACUUAAAUAAGUCGUAAUAAA